AUGCAGUGCAUGUUGUCCUCAGGAAGCAGCGCAGGUGAUCUCACACAAUCUGCUCUGAGAGGAGAUCUGGAGGCCCAGCAGCAGCAGCUGGAGGAGCUGAAGGCUGAUCUUGCAACGACACUGUCUGAGUUUGAGAGUUAUAAGGUGCGAGUCCACAAUGUGCUCAAGCAGCAGAAACACAAGAGCUCAACCCAGAGCGACGGUGACGCUUUCAGAUGCUCUGAGCUUGCUAUCACAUCCAGCUUCAACCCAAACAUCCACCCCACUAUUUCCAAUCUAGCGGUGCUGGAUGAUGAAACUAUCUCUUACUACAUAAGGCAAAGACAGGCUGCUGGUCUGACACAUGAUGACCGGACUCGGUCUAUUCUUGACUCUGAGACGCUUACAGCCACAGCUCGCACACUCGAGGCUGAGCUCACUUCUGUGGUCAUCAUGGAAGAAGAGAGUCCAGCGAGGAGCAUCAAUGGCCUCCAGGACGCAGAGAUUCCCAAACGCAGCGACGUCAAAGUCUACAAGGAGUUCUGUGAUUUCUACGUGCGCUUCAACAUGACGAAUGCGUUAGCCAAUGCCAUCUGUGAGCGCUGUAAGGCCAGCUUCACACCGACGGAGAAGAUGGUGAACUGUAAUGGUGAGCUGUACCAUGAGCAGUGCUUCGUCUGUGCGCAGUGCUUCCAGCAGUUCCUCGAGGGGCUCUUCUAUGAGUUUGAGGACAGAAAAUACUGUGAGCAUGACUUCCAGAUGCUGUUUGCUCCAUGCUGUCACCAGUGUGGCGAGUUCAUCAUUGGCCGUGUAAUAAAGGCCAUGAACAGCAGCUGGCACCCUGACUGUUUCUGCUGCGAUCUGUGCCAGGCAGUACUCACUGAUGUCGGCUUCGUGAAGAAUGCAGGCAGGUCAGUCCAGCCGCUGCUGUACUUCAGCGCAAACAAGGACUUUGUGUGCUCCUUCCCUGUUGAAAAAAAACAGCAUAACACAAAAACCAGUUAA